AUUUAAGGUCUUACACUACUUCUCAAUAUGAUCGAGAUAAACGAACGGAACCUGGCAAGGUGAAUUUUCAUUUUGUUGGCACUCAACAAACAAAGAGGAAAGGGAAGCGCUGAAUCCUUGGCAGGCGACGAUUUAAAAGAGUUCCUUCCCUACUGAAUCUAUGGCAGGCGACGAUUUAAAAGAGUUCCUUUCCGACUCCCAAGUAGGGCCAACUCCGAGUCUCCGACGACGCCUACCACGAGAUAGGGUCCGCACUCCGCAGAAACUUAAGGAAAGGGGUGCAUUGGCCGAAAAAUGCAGUCGCCGGCGUCCGGAAGCAACUCAAGGACGCCGAGCUUUUUCCGGAGCCACGCGGAGCUCGGGAUGGGGACCUCCGAGGCCAAUGCCGGAAUGCUAAAGGUGUUCCUGAACGAUCUAAACACUGCCUGCAUACGCUCCCGCCGCGAGGACCACGUGGAAGUGACGCUCGAUAUCGAUGCGGACGCUGAGGCCGACGCAGAUGGCCGCGGAAUUUUCGUCCGCAGCGUCGGUUCAGUGUCGGAAGACGGCGGCGGGCGGCUCGAACGGAUAGGGUCCUCGAACUCACUUGUAAGCCGGGGAACCUCCCGCUUCUGGCGGCUCUCUGCCGACCUGAUGCCGGAGAUCCGGCGGUAUGCAAAGUCGGCACACGGUCGCCGUCGUCGAGAUUUUCGGCUGCAUCGCGUGGCGGUGGCAAGGAGUCAAUGCUCGCUCCAAUGUUCCAUCAUGCAAGAUUGAUCAUGGCAUGAACCUGUUAGAUAUCGAGGUCUCCAACGAAAAAGCCUUCAAUGUCGGCGAUCACAAAAGUUUCUACAUGGUGACAAA